AUGCCCGCGGGUCUGCUUGUAAUAAAGCAACUCCACAAUGGAGCACUGGAUUUGGACUGUGAUAAAGGGAUAGAAUUUCAGGUUAUUCCAAGAUAUGGCAUGUCGAUGGUGAUCAGAAACAUUCCUGUCUACAUAUCAAAGGGUAACCGCAUAGAUUUUGAACUAGCGGAAUAUUUAGGUGACAAUACCAUAGAACAAGCCAUCACCGUUGUUGUGAAAAUGAUGAAAGGGGUUUUUCGGGCCAUAACCGUGCCAGAAGUCGGUUCUCGGGCGCACUUGCACACCGGAGACCAGAAAGGAGGACGGAAUUCUCGACUUGUUCAUGAGAGUCGCUUGUUGAGCCCUAUUUGCCAUUUGUCUCAGUCCAGCGUUGCCGCAGGCAAUUAUUUGAAGAUAUGGGGAAUCCGGGGCAAAAGGCAUCAGGGUGAAGGACUCCAACUCAUCCAGAUUUUCAUGUCUGAGAGCGACAAGCCGCGCAGUUGUCCUCGAGCUAACAACCAAACUUGGACCGAUUCACCAUCAACCAGGUGGAAGUUUGCAGGAGAAUAUCGCGAGAGUCCAGCUUCAUUUUCGAAACUUGAUGCAGGAGCCUCGGCCACGUUGAGCGAUGUAAAACGACAGGUGUACAUUUGUGUACUCUGUGUCAAAGCUGCCGAAACACAGGUUUUCGUUUUUGGCAAGGCGCCUCCGGGGAAAUAUCCAACACAUUUAAAUGGUCACUUUGGCGACCAGAGUAUGAGUUACAGCCGAGGAUUUGGGAUGAGACGGUACAGAGUACACUGUACGUUGGCCAGAGACGUCCCAACAAUAAUUGGUCUCCCAAGGUUCUUGUCUUUGUUUUUGGGGCUUUGCAUGAAGUGUAAAGAAGAACGGAUCCUCUCUUGUGACGAGGCGAUUAAUUGCAUUGAACUCCUGUUGCCUGGCUUCAGUACAAGCCCGUUUUGCCAGCCAACAAGCGGGGAGCGGCCUCUGACAUGUGCGGUAAAUUUCCUCACCGACCUUUUGGGAGAGAGGAAAGGCAGUUCCGAGUUCCGUGUUUGCAGAAGAGGAACGAGGGGUGGAGAGCAAUUGCGAUCACCCUUAAGGUUCGAUAAAUUAUCUCAGAUGCAACCGAUGCCUGGAACAGGAGAACGGACGGCCAGAAGGGAACCUACCUCCCUGCACCGCUUUUCCCAGGGAUAA